AUGAAUAGGCACUUCAUAUCGUUUAGCUGUAUUAUAGCAACGGUAGUGUUGCAGGUCGCAACGUCUAUCCUUGAAGCACCGAACCCAAAUUUAGAUCCCGAUCUAAUCUUCUACUAUAACACGCGUGAUAAAAAUGGAUACAGCUUUGCGUACAAAACUAAAGACGGCCAAUACCGCGAGGAGCAAGGACACAUCGAUCCGGAAACGAGCAUCUUACGGGUGACGGGCCUGUAUCGUUUCCAGGGUACUGAUGGUAAGACGUACGAGUUCAACUAUGAGGCAGAUGAGAAUGGAUAUCGCAUCGUCUCGAUGAUGGCUGCCAGUGGAGGUUCUCCGGGCUCUGAUACAAUUUACAACACGUUGCUUAAUUCACUCGCAGGUUGA